AUGGUUUCCUUCCUGCUUGCUGCUACGUGUCACCCCAAAAAAAGGUUCUAUGUUUCGUUCACGUACUUCGCUGUCCUCAAUGUGUUAACUGCAGUUUUUUGCCAGAACGCGAUCGAGAGUGCACAAAAUGACCAGACAACGAUGGUGCACACCAUGAUCAGCAACAAGAAAGCCAUCCUGGCGAAGUUGAAGUCGCUUUUCUACGAAUUGGGAUCUGACGGCGCCCAGCAAGGCGAGCUGACCAUUGCAACCUUCGAACAGAAAAUGGAAGACCCUGAAGUGCAUGAUUUUCUGGAAUCUCUUGGGCUGAACGUUUGGGAUGCGUGGUCUUUCUUCAAGCUCUUGGAUGCCGAUGGAGGUGGGGCCGUUGACAUUGAGGAGUUUUUUCACGGUUGCUUGCGCCACCGUGGCACUGCCCGAUCGAUGGAUGUGGGCAAGAUCAUCCAGGAUCAACAAUGGAUGAUCCACAAUCAAGGUAAGUUUCAAGAGUAUGUGCAAAACCAGCUGACCAUUGUCAAGGAGAAACUUCAGCUGCUCGCGGAGCUCCAAGCCGCUGAAAGCGAUGAUGAGCUGAGCAAUGCUGUGAGCAAUGAGGUGAGUUCGAAACUGGAAGCAGCCUGA